AACUUUCUCUCACCCACAGGGAACGGGGAAGCCUACCAGUUGAGGAUACUCCUUGUGGGCAAAUCUGGCUGUGGGAAAAGCGCCACAGGGAACAGCAUCCUCUGCCGACAAGCAUUCGAGUCCAGACUUGGAGCCCAGUCAGUGACCAGGACCAGCCAGGCAGAGAUGGGCACAUGGAAGGGAAGGAGUUUCCUAGUGAUAGACACGCCACCCAUCUUUGAGUCAAAGGCCCAGAACCAAGAAAAGGACAUUGGAGACUGCUACCUGCUGUGUGUGCCAGGACCCCAUGUACUGUUACUGGUGACCCAGCUGGGACGCUUCACAGCCCAGGACACCACAGCCAUGAGGAGGGUGAAGGAGAUCUUUGGGGCAGGAGUCAUGAGGCACAUGAUCGUCCUCUUCACCCAUAAGGAAGACCUGGCAAAUGAGACCUUGCAUGAGUUUGUGACCCACACUGACAACCACAGCCUGAGCAGCCUGGUCCAGGAGUGUGGGAGGAGCUGCAGCAGAACCUGGCCGGACAAGAGAAACUCUGGCAACUGUUAAUCCUGUGCAGACAAGGCCUG